AUGAAUUCCUAUCUCUUCGCUAUCCUCGCCGGUGCAGCGAUAACUUACAUUCUCUGGCUGUCGAUAUACCGCCUGUUCUUUCACCCUCUGUCUCAAUACCCUGGACCAAAAUUCGCGGCAGUCACAAACUGGUAUACUGCUUUCUAUGCAUGGAGGGGCGAUCUCCACCUGCAAAAUCGAGCAUGGCAUGACAAAUACGGCGAAAUCGUCAGAUCCGGACCCAACACCCUAUGGUUCAACUCCCACUCUAUGUACUCCGAUAUUUACAACACGGGAGGAGUCAAUGUUGGUAAGGUUGACGCAUGGGAAGUCUACAGCGCUAGCCGCCACAGUCCAAACAUUCUGAGUGCAGUUAACAAAAGGGUCCAUGCCUUUAAACGUCGGACACUGAAAUCGGCAUUCUCCGACCAGGGCUUAAGCGAAAUCGAGGAAACGGUUAUUGCACAUAUCAACAGUCUGACUACACAUCUGUUCCCUAACGAUACUGAAUCGUUGCCUAACGGCUGGUCAUCAUCGAUAGACGUGGCAACCGUCUUCGACUGGUUUGCUUUCGAUCUCAUUGGUGAUAUCACAUAUGGAAGUAGUUUUGGGAUGCUGGACUCACCUCAGAAGCGAUGGGUCCGACCAGUGUACACAAAGAUGUCUCAUCGAGGCGUGAUGUGUCUCAUGCAACCCAAGAUCUACAAAUUCAAGUUAGAUCGAAUCUUCCUUUUCCCAUUAUAUAGAGACAUCAUAUCUGCCGGCAGCUGGGUAUACAACCGCGUCAAAGAUCGUGCGCAUAUGGGCGAUAAGGUUGAAAGAAAGGACGUCUUCUCUAUUAUGACAACAUCUAGGGACCAGGCAAGCAACGAAGGGUAUACCAUGAAAGAUCUUUGGACCGAAUCCAUGGUGCUAUUAGGAGCAGGUACUGAUACUACAUCCACGACCAUGAGUGCGCUGUUCUUUUACAUCCUGCACCAUCAUGAUGCCCUCUCUCGUGUCACUGCCGAAGUUCGUGGCACCUUCGAUCACGAGGAUGAGAUUCGUGCCGGUCCCAAAUUGAACUCAUGCCAUUUUCUACAAGCCUGUGUGAACGAGACCAUGAGACUGACCCCAGGCGUGCCAAACGGUUCUCCACGUCGCGUACUUGCUGGUGGCCUCACGGUAGAUGGCCGACACAUCCCUGAAGGAGUGACUGUCGCUUCCUCGCUGUAUGUCCUCCUGCGCAAAAAAGAGUAUUUUAAACAACCGGACGCAUUCUGGCCGCAAAGGUGGAUUGUGGAUCCCGAGUCGGGUGCCGAUGAACAGAGUGUUCGUAUGGCACGGCAGGUGUUCUGUCCGUUCGGCCUUGGCCCCAGGUCAUGCAUUGGACGAAGAUUGGCCUGGAUGGAUAUCAACGUAGGCCUUGCACGGAUUAUAUUCCUGUAUGAUAUGCGACUCGCGCCGAGGGCGCCCUGCUGUGCGGCUAACACUACGGGGAAGAGAUGUGAAUAUCAUUUUAAGGGAUACUCGACGGCAACUCCCUCGCAGGGUACCAUUGCGCAGUUUAAAAGAAGAGAGCUCUAG